UUUAGUGAGAUUCCGAAAUCUGAGGACUGGCGAUCCUGUCAAAAACUUCAAAAAUUCAAAAUCAAAACUCAAAACAGAAAAACAGAAACGAACAGAUUUUAAAAGAAUGAGUUCUCUUAUAGAAAAAAUUUACGAGUUGGGUGAAAAGUGUGAUAAAGAUGGUCUGGAGAAAUUGAUCAGUGAUUUGGAUGACGAUGAACUUGUUGGAAUUGUUAAGCAGAACCUAUGUUCCUCAAAUUUUACAGAAUGCUGGAGCUACAUCCUAAAAGCAUUUAAAGAUAAAAGCGAUGAUCACGACAAACGAAUAUAUUUAGCAUGUAAACUCUUAAAUGAAUUGGAAACCAGAGAUCUUCCUCAGACUAGAAUAGAUACUAUCAUGAAUAGAUUGAAUCUAGAAUUGCCAAAAUUUAAGUCCAAGGACUUGGCAAAACUAUGCAGUCUUUGCUUAGAACAAGUACAAUCCAAAAAAACUAUAAAGUUUGCAUGGAAAGAUUUCUUACCCGAGGUUCUUAAUGUUUUAAUAGAAAGAGAAACGUUCACAUAUGAAGAAUUGGAUUACACAGGUGCUGAAUAUAAGUCUGAUUUUGUAAAUACUAUCUGUAUGUCUUCUUGGUCCCCAUCCAUAGUAACUACAUUGACAACAGUAUUUGUUGAAAUGCCAUUGACAAAAGAAGAACAUUUAAAAAUUGUAAACAAAUUAGGAACAUAUAUUGGAAAACUAAUUCCUCAAGAAAUACCUGCCUUUGUUUAUCAGCUGCUUAGAUUAUGUAAAAAUCAGAAUGGAAAAUCAAUUUUUUUAAAACUUCAGAGUUACUUUGGAUUAAGAAUUUAUAAUAAUGCUAAUGCUCAAGCGGAAAGCUCACCAGAUUCCAUGUCUUUAGAUAUAAUAGAAUCUUCUGACAAUAAUGAUGCCACUGAAGCAGAAAGUACUGUUCUCUACCACAUUCAUACUGCUGCUUCUAUAGGUUAUGAAUGUAUAAAAGAAUAUUUGAAUUUUCUAAAGAAUAUGGUAAGAGCUCCAGAAUUUGUUCUACAUCCUUUUCAGCUGAUGGUGUUGUUUACAAUUUCAACUAUAUCACUUUAUGAAGAGACCGUUUUUGAAAUAGUCAGGCCUGCCAUCGUGAAAUCAUUAAAUGAGCAACAAAGAAAAAUUAGGUCUGCUUGGUUUAGGGACAUAAUUUCUGUGGCUUCAAAACCUGAGGAUGUAUUAUUACAAGUAGUCCAAUUUAGUUUACAGGAUAGAGAUCUGGUUCUCUCUGGUUUGGUAAACUUUGCAUUUGUUCUUCUUGAAGUGGGAUCAGCACUAGGAAGAGAUGUGAUAGCUGAGAAGCAAUGGAGUUUAGGUAAUACAAUUCUAUUGAAAAUAAUUAAAAGAAAGAGGUUGAUUGCCCUAACCAUCCUUCAGAAGCUAGGUGAUCAUAUUGUGACUAGACAGAGUGUAACACAGUAUAUAGAAUGUCUUUAUAUUCUGAGUAGGAGCAUGCCUUUGUUGAUGAUAGAAAACCAGAGCUGCAUUAUAGAAUUAAUUGAGUGUCUAGUUCAAGUAUCACCACAUGUCGCAGACCAGCUUCUAGAUGCAUUGAUUCCUUUGAUGAAAGUUUCUCCAACCAUCAGAGAUCAUAUGAUUGUGUAUUUAAGAAAAGCUUUGUACUCCAGGUCAGUUGAAACAAGACAGAUGGCUGUGAACGGAUUUUUGAAACUUAUUAAAAAUUUGAAAAUAUCAAACAUGGCUGUACUUAGCCAAAGCCAAAACAGUAUGGGUUCGUUUUCAUCGGGACAUUCAGUUUUCACCCAGAUAUCUCUUAAUAAAACCACCCAAGGCGUAACACCUGGCAGUUUUAGUAAUGAAGCUUUGUGUUUUGAAAUCUUGAGCAUUCUGAGGAGAUGCUUUAUGCAACAGGCUGAUGUUCGAGUAAAAUUGUAUGAAGGAUUUUUCGAUGCAGUUUGUGUGAAUCCAGAGCUGGGCAUCCCAGUCUUGGACGUUAUUUGGUUUCACCUCAUCAAAUACUACAUCAUGGACGAAAGUCAAGCUCUUCCUCUAGAUUUCAGUAAAAUUGUAGUAGUAAAAGAAGCCCAAGUGGUUCUGGACGAACCUUUGGGAAAACUAAUACAUACUAUUGGAUUGAUCGUCACGAAAGUUUCGGAGAUGGAAGAGGAAAAGGAAAAUAACACUUUACUAAAGUAUACCAACGUUUUGGAUUCUUUGGCUACCAGAUUAUCCACUUGUGAGCUUGUACAUUUCGAACUGGAUGACGGUACCAAUCUUCUGGAUAUUGUCCCAGAAAGCCAAAGAAAGCUUUUUACUUUAAGAGAAGCCAUGUCCACGUAUGAAGCACUAUUGGGUUAUAAAAUUUAUUCCUGGAAUAAAUCUUCUGAGAAGCAGGGAAACAUUGUUAACGGUCUAUAUCAAGGCUAUAGCAGAUUGUACCAUUUUGCAAAGUCUCUGAGUAAUCCUAAAAAAGCAGAUGGUAAAAGGAAGAAAGUUGAUACAGACAAAACAACGCAAUCUUCGCAGGCUGCAGCUUUGAAAAAAGAAUCUCAAAAAUUAAAUAAGAAUUUAAAGAUUCCAGAUACAAUAUGGAACUUUCCUGUUGUGAAGAAAGCGUUGAGUUUAUUACAUGAGCCCAAGUUAACAUGGACGACGGUUACAGAAGCAAAUACAGUAAAAACGAAGAAGGAACUCCACCAGCACGUGAUGCAAGCCACAUUAUAUCUGGUACAACAAGUUAAACGCCGAAAAGACUUGGAAACGUUAACCAAGAAGACCUAUUUCGAUCAUGUAACGUACGUAGCUUCGAUUAUAUUUAAAAGAAUAAUCAAAAGGUUGGAAGAGUUUGUAGAUUUUGACUCUCUCACUGCUGCUUUGGCAUUGGAAUGUUUCGGAAUUAUUUUGAAUCUGGUUAAUGCACAGUACAAGUCCAAUCUAAAAUCAUUUUUAAGUAAAGUUGUUUCAGAAGAAGAUAGUAACACUGAAGACAUGAUAACUUCACUAAACUCCAUAGUUGAAAUCUACCAGAAAAUAUUUGAAAGAGGCGAGGAGGAACUUGCCGAUGAUCUUGAACAGAGAAAGUUGUCUUUAAUUGCCAUUACCACCCUAAACUCGCUGAUUUCUCAUGUUCCCGAGACAAGCAGUAUCCUAUCAGUACAGAUGUUAGAAUGGUUAAAAAACUACGCCUACAAUAAUACUCUUUCCUCGAAAAACUCGUCGUGUUUUAUAAAUCUUUUCUUCGAAACUAACAUAAAGUACACAGUCUUACAAAGUCUUACAUUGUUGGAAAAUAUGUCAGUCAGUAUCGGCGACACUUUUGGAGUUAUUACAGAGGAGGAACAUACAAUAGAAAAGAUUAAAAUUGUAAACGAAGGUACUGUUAAUAAUAUUCUUCUUUCUUUAUGUGGAUGUAUAAAAACAAUCUUAGACGACGUCGAUAGUGUAAUAGCACGUUUAAAGUCUGAAUAUAUUAUCCUUAGUUAUCCAGGGGAAGACGAUACAACUAAUAGGAGGGAAAAGUUGAAAACGAAAGAACAAGGUGUGUGUACCCAAUUAUGUUUUGUAGUUACCAUUUUAACAAAUGUAACCAAUCUUCUUUUACCUCCUGGUAAUCUGGCGGAAGCUGUCUUCAAAAGUAUCGUCCAACUGUUUGGUACAUUAAGUUCCCUUACUAAAUACUUUAAUAGCAGAUCCUCGAAGAUCAAUUUAGCAUUUCAAGGUGCAAGGUUUGAACGAUUGGUGAAGCUUGCUGGCAAGCAGUUAGCUCCUACGAUAUACAAGUUCCUUCUCCAUCUCGAUGACGCCCAAAAAGAAGCCACCCAAGCCACUCAGUCGACGAAGAAGAAAUCUACCGACUCCAGUGUAUUGAAAUCCAGAGUGUUACGAGAAACUCGCCUCAUUCCUAAAGUCGUAUACGAGAUGGAACAGUUCAGUAAAUGCAUCAUCCAAUUGUCGAACAAAACAAAAGUAGAUUUAUCAAAGUACGUUGGGCAAGGCACUGCUAGGGACUUCAGGAUCUUGACUGAUGCUUUAAAUAAAGACAUGGAGAAUGUUGAUGAGUCUACUGCCGAACAUGAUGAGACAGCUACAAGCCAUGAUGACUCGAGAACCAGUCAAGAUGGAUCUAAAAAUGAUGAGACUGUUGAGAGCGAUAGCAGUUCUGAUUCUGAGGUACCGCCAUCAAAGAAAAGCAAGAAAUAAAAUGAUGCAGUAUUUUUUGUAAAUAAGUUAAUAAAAAUAUUUUUGUAUGUUGA